UCCGCACAGUAAAACAUAUUACAUGCAACUUAGAGCUAAACCCAAUGGAGUCAAAUACAGAGGUUACUGGAGCAGCUGGUCAGACACCUUCACUGCUACAAUCCCAGGUUCUAUGAAUCCGACAGCAGUGUCCCUUGUUGUUGGUGUCACACUACUUUUGGUGAUAGCACUUUUUGUGUCCCAUCUCAUCUUUCCAAAUGUCUACAGUAAUGUGAAGAACAAGCUUUGGCCACAGAUUCCAAACAUGGAACGGCUCCUGGAAGGAUAUCUCAACGAUUUUCAGAAAUAUUCCCAGCCUUUGCAGCCUACCUGUGACAAAGUUGUUGAUGAUGAGAUCCUGCCUCCAGUUCUGGAAAUCAUUUCUGAAGUAAAUGAAAGUGAGAAUAUAAAAUGUGUAGAAAUGCAAGAGGAUGCCUGUCAGAAAUACCACUUCAAUGAAUCCUCCACCAUCAAGCAACACAGAGGAAUGCCAAAUCAUGAAACUGAAAAUUCCAACACCCCCAGUCAGAAUUAUGUCAUUUUAGAUUUGCAAGACUCGUCAUCUCUUCCUGAGGAAAACAGUAACUGUCACAAGAGAGACGGAUCUAGCUCAUUGCAGAAUUCUCAAUUAAGAGUAUGUCCACUGAUCUCUGACACAAAGAAUCAUAAAGGACGUUUUGGAAAUGACAUCAAUGGGAAUAAACAGUUCUUGUCAGUGCAGUCGGUUAACAUCAAUAGCAUGAAGCAACAACACCCAACAUCGCUAGUCAGUUAUGAUGACAUGUUCUAUCUCUUUGGUCGCUUGAAUUUAUCAACAACUUUUGAUUAUCGAUCAAUGAGUACAACAGACAUUUCAAACCAUUCGUACCUCCUACUUCCUGAUUUAGCCCCAGAUAUUUUCUCACAACAGUUCUCAUUGGCCAAAGAAUAAAAAUAUCCAGUCAAGUGGACAGUAAUAUUCAGUGAAAAAGUAUAUUACUAAAUAGAUUACUUGUGCUGAUCUUUGUGGUCUUCUGUUGCUUUAACUACAGUUGCAAAUCCCAAUAAUUUCUUUGAAUCCUUAUCUCAGUUUAUCAAUAAUGUGCAAAGACUUAACUAAGCUUUUUCAUUGUUAAUUAAAGAACCAUUUUUCCACCUCACUUGUACAUGGUGCAGUAAAUUUCUAAAAACGAGUUGGAACCAGUCACUUGCUGUAUAUACUCAUGCAUAGGUUGAAUUUUGAAGAUGUUUUUAAAGCUGAAAUUAGGGGGUCAACUAAUACACAGGCACAAGAUUUGAGGGGCUGAAAUUCAUGUUACACUUUUUAACGAUAUUAACUUUUGGAUGUAUGGUGAAUAAAGUGUGAUAAGUACCAACAGACUUAGUACCGGUCUGAAUGAAGGAAUGAAUCAAAACCUGCUGUAGUAACCAAGUUCAAUAAGUAGAGUUAUGAAUGAAUGAAUAGGGAUGCAAUAUAGUAAACAGAGAGUGAUGAAUAGAGUUCAGUAUGAAUGAAUGAAUGCGAUUUAAUGUGAUAGAGUAGGGUCGACUUAUACACAAGAUAUAUGGAAAAUGCAAGAUUUUUUGGCCCAAAAUAAUGGGUUGACUUAUACAUGAGGUCGACUUAUACAUGAAUAUAUACAGUAUACACUAAUUUCUCUGUGUAUACCUAAUAUGAUAUAGACAAUGGCACUACUGUUGCAUUAUUGUUUGGAUUUCAGACUAAGCAAUGCAUUUUUGAAGAUAGCUACAAGACAUCAUGACAUAUAAUGCUCCUGCCUCGCCUUCAGUCAUUCUUUCAGUGCAAUACAGUCAGUGUUGAAUGUUCGUUCAGUCAGUUACGUAUACAUAAUGUACAGUAACAUCAGUAAGCUCAGGACCCAGGCUCUGCAUAAGUUUGUGAUAUUAUACCAUUGUAAAUGGUUAGUGUUCUA